GUUCCUAUUUUGAAACCGUAGACCAGACUUAUUGAAUGUGACGAUCAUUACAUUCUUGCCAUUGACAUGAGACAGCCAAACCAUGUCUGUCCUCACCUGUUGUGUUGAACUGUUCGUACUAGUGUGCUUUUUUGGAGAAUGGAAAAGUGUAGACUCGUCCAGAAUUCUGGUGGUUGCACCUUCACCGAUACACAGCCACCAAACCCCAUUCCAGGCACUCACCAAGGAGCUACUACGUCGUGGGCAUCAUGUGACCUUCCUCACUACAGACCCUAUCUACCCGCCUGGCCAAUCUUCUCAAAAUAUCACCGAGAUCAACCUUCAUGACGUAUCUUACAAGUUUUGGGCAGACGGCUACAGAAAAGCGCAGCUAAAGGCUGGAAACCCCAAUGAUUUCAACACCCAAAUAAAAACGGCUUAUGAUAUCAUGUAUGAUUUAUUUCCAAAACAAAUGAAGACAGAAGCUAUGAGAGAUUUAUUAGUUGAUAAAACUAAGAAGUUUGAUCUAGUAAUCAUAGAAGCUUGGGUGUAUCAGGCGUUGGCACUGGCUCACAUAUACAAGGCACCUGCAAUUUUAAUGAGUACUCUGGGAAUCGAGGAUGAAAUGUAUGAAGAUGCAGGCGUCCCUAUACAUCCAAUUAUUUACCCUGAUGUGGGUUAUUCUCGCCGUUAUAACCUUUCUACGUGGGAGUAUGUGAAUCGUGUCAUAAUGCACUACAUGCAGAAGUCUAUGAUUGAAAAACAAGACAUGAAAGUGAAGGAGAUUUUUGGUGCUGAUAUACCGUCAGUGCGGGAGAUGAGAAGGGGAGCGGUGGCGCAGUUAGUGAGUUUGCACCCUGUGUGGGAGGGCUACCGGCCGCUGCCUCUAAAAAUAGUGCAUAUUGGGGGGCUACACGUCGCGCCACCGAAGAAAUUACCUGAGGAUAUACAGUCAUUAAUGGACUCAUCCAAACACGGCGUGAUCUACAUGAGCUUCGGCAGCCAUAUGCACCCGGCUAUCCUUCCACCGGAGCGUUUAGAAAUAUUCAUUCGCGUGUUCUCAACACUCCCGUACGACGUGAUUGUGAAGUGGAAGGGGGAUGCACCAGCGUUUUCCAGCAACGUGCAUACCUUCUCUUGGCUGCCGCAGCCUGAUUUGCUACGGCAUGAAAAAUUGCUUCUCUUCAUCACGCAAGGAGGUCUUCAGUCAACAGAAGAAGCAUUACGAGCUGGUAUCCCAAUGCUGGGUAUACCAUUAAUGGUCGACCAGUGGCUUAACGUCGAGAACUAUGAACGGCUCGGCGUUGGCCUGGGGUUUGAUCUGCAUACAUUCUCAGAGGCUCAGCUGAGGGAGGCUAUCGAUAAACUCAUCAAUGAUAAGCGUUACCGUGAAAACUCGAUACGGGUAGGUCGUGAGAUGCAAGACCGACCUCAGACUUCACUGCAACGCGCUGUAUGGUGUGCAGAGAGGGCCAUCCGUCUCCACGGUCGACAAAUGCCCACACCACCACCCUCUCUCACUUGGGACGGAGUUUUAGAAACCCUACUGGUAGCCCUUGUAGUUUUACCUUUGAUAAUUAUAUUAGCUGUUAUCUUUGUUUGUCGGAUGUUGAGGAGUUUGGCACUGAAAGUUUUGAGGGUGUGUACAAGAUCGGUGAUUAGAGCGCGCGGAAAUUCUUCGUUUUAACGUUUAUAUUCACAAUGGUAUGAACAUACUGUACCCCUAGUGUAAAUAAAUUCGAUUUCCAAACGUGACGUACGCGUUUGCGUUUAGUCUCAUUUUGUAUUGGAUUUCGAAAGAGCGCGCCAAGCGGGACGUUUUGGAAACUCAAAAUCCUAUACAAAAUGAGACUUAACGCAAACGCGUUCGUCACGUUAUGAUGUCGAUCAAAGUUACACUAGGGGUACAGUACAGUAAAUGUGAAAUGAGUUUUAAAUUUAGACUUCGUGUUAUUUUAAAAAUACUACUUACCAAUAAUAUUUUGCAAAUUCCGUCAUUUAGUAGUCAUUAAAUACGGCCAAAUAUCAAAACAGAUUUUAACGAAGAACACCGCCGUAUUCUUAAAAUUCAGCGCAAAGUAUAAUGUUAGCUUUAGAGUAGGUACCCAGUUUUUAGGGUCACUCCACUCACUUCAGUCACUUCUAAGGCCCAUUGGGUUCAAUUUCAAUAUUGACGAAGUAUUGUUUUGUAUAUCUAGUAUACAUAUAUUAGGGUUUACUCAGUGCCAGGUGACUUAACUACAUUUUCGAGAUAAAUUAUCAAGGCUUGGAUUUAUCUCUGUAGUUUGUUUUUGAUUUUUUCCUAACAUAAACCUAACUUCCUUCGCGACGCACUUUCCGAUACUGUCUCGAAAGUGAGUAACAGGAUAUCUUAAAUAUUCAAACAAAUAACUAUUAAAUUGAAUAUUCGGGAUCAUAAGAUUAUAAACAAUUUUACGCCAAAAAUGCGUUACAUAAUUUUGGAAAUGAGCGGAUACUCUUCAUACGGUUAGAUCGAUUUUUAUCAAACAUAUCUUAUUAAAAAAAAUUAAAAAUUACACUUCUAAUGUCUGGGUUAGCUUUGUUCAUUACUAUUCCAAAUUUCAAAUCGAUAUCUUUUUAAGUACUUCCCGAGAUAUUUAGCAAUGUGACAGACGGACGAACGGACUGAGUAGCGCUAUAAGGGUUCCUUUUGUACCUUUUUGGUACGGAACCCUAAAAACAGCAUCGAAAUCGAUACGUCCGUUUGAGAGCUACAAUUUUUUUAUACCACGACGGUGGCAAACAAGCAUACUGCCCGCCUGAUGGUAAGCAGUCACCGUAGCCUAUGGACGCAAUUCCACAGACAGACAGAUAUUGGGGCGUAAGACGUAUACACAUUUAAAUGGGUUAUUAUAUCUAAUUGAAUUUUGUUUACGAAAACUUGUUUACCAAAUCCUAUUUUACACUCAAAGAUAAAGGCUUAAAAAUUA